AUGGAGACAGCAAGUCUAGAUUCUUCAUGGACGCUCUCAAGAGCCAAAGGCUUCCUUGCCGGACUCAUCUACAUUGACUCAACACGGACAAUCGUCAGUGAAAACUCGACCACAAACCCCAUGUUCUCUCAUAAUGCCAGUCAAUGGAUUAUCCUUCAACACGUCCACUCUCGGCUAGAAGAAACCCGUCAUAUGUUGAUUGGUGCAAUGAACAGUAUCAGUCUCACACAUCCUGAUGACACCCUCGACAUCUUUAUCAACCCCAUAUCAUUCUACAGGGCUGCAGUUAGUGGCUUUCACAAUACCUUAUUGGGCCUACCGCCCACUGCCUUGGGGGAUGUUGUUGCGCUUUGUGCCAUGUCGCACACCACCUCAUGUUUCUUACAUAAUAGUGCUUGCAACUAUCUCCGCUUUGAUCCCUUCUCCGACUUUGAUCUUUGGAGAAACGCCAUUAACAACCAUGAACAUCGCCAAGCAUUUGAUGAUCUGGUAAAGGCCGCCUGUUUAGAUCCCUAUUUGACUGCCCUGGCGAGUACUUAUCUUGAACCCCAGUACAACGGCAUGUCUAAUGAGGCUCUAGAGUCGUUCUGGGACGUUGAUCUUGCUACUGCCAAUUCAUUUUCCACUGGUUUAGAUGAACAGCCAUCUCACAUUGUUGGCGAGGGCACGCAGGCUACUACUGCUAGUACCCAAGUGCCAGAUCUGCAGAGCUUACAGGGGUCGCCAAUCGUCUCCAACUUUGCUCAUUUUCUAGAACAUUGCGGAGAAUUUCCACUUAUCCUCGCUGGUCGUGGGGCGACAGUAAACGAGUGGAAUCCCAUCGGCACUUCCAAGCCGGAUGAACCCAGAUGUGAACGACGCUUCAAACGCUUGUACAUACAAUAUUUGCAAGAAGGUGAUUCUCCUGACAACACGAUUAUCCAGGGGAUUAUCUCUGUUGUGGAUAACUUUGUCGAUCUCGGGUAUUGGCGAUGUGUAUGCGAGGUGCGCGACUACCUUCUGCUAGUCUCAAAGGGAAUGUUUCCAAACGACCAAGUUUUCUUGGACUUUGUUGAGUUGAUCCAGAAGUCCAUGGAUGAAGUCAAAAAUUACAUUCGCUCGACAACAGGAGUCUUGUGUCACAUAUGCGGAAAAUUUGUUAAACACGAGAAGAACUUGAAGCGACACAUGGACUCAGAAAGCUGUAGAAAGUCGCUGGGCCCGGCCGAUGGACAGCAGUCGGCUCUUUGA